GCGCAUGCGCCUGCGCCCCAAGCCGAGGGGCCUUCUGUACAGUUCCCCUCUGAGCGCCACAACCUCAAGCGCUGCAGUCAGUCGAGUUCGCGCCAUCUUGCCCCCUUCCCCCAUCCGCGCCAACCGAGACUUUUUUUUCUACACUAUCGUUCUCCCCCCACCCCCCCACCAUCCGCUCCUUUCCGAGCGUGUCCAGGGCCGCAGCAACAGACACCGCAUCAUCUCCACCCCCGCACUCUCCACGCGGGACGCGCAGCCGUGCCUCCAAGUGUCCUAAAAGCAGAGAUGAAUAAUACUGCAGCCAGCCCAAUGUCUACUGCUACUUCAAGUGGUGGGAGAAGCACAGGGAAGUCUAUAAGCUUUGCAGCAGAAUUACAGAGCAUGAUGUUUUCUUUAGGUGAUGCGAGAAGGCCUCUUCAUGAAACAACAGUUUUGGUAGAAGAUGUGGUACAUACACAAUUAGUUAAUCUGUUACAACAAGCUGCUGAAGUUUCUCAGCUUCGGGGAGCAAGGAUAAUCUCCUCUGAAGAUCUUCUGUUUUUGAUGCGCAAAGAUAAGAAAAAACUUAGGAGACUACUAAAAUACAUGUUUUUCCGAGAUUACAAAUCAAAGAUUGUCAAAGGCAUAGAUGAGGAUGAUCUUCUGGAAGACAAAUUGAGUGGCAGCAGUAAUGUGAACAAAAGACAAAAAAUUGCUCAAGAAUUUAUUAACUCUAUUGACCAAACAGGAGAACUCUUGACAAUGUUUGAAGAUGAUGAAAUUGAUGAAAUUAAACAAGAAAGAAUGGAGAGAGCAGAACGACAAACUCGAAUUAUGGAUUCAGCUCAAUAUGCAGAAUUCUGUGAAAGUCGACAAUUGAGUUUCUCCAAAAAAGCUUCCAAGUUUCGGGACUGGUUGGACUGCGGCAGUAUGGAGAUAAAACCGAAUGUUUUUGCUAUGGAAAUUUUAGCAUAUUUAGCAUAUGAAACUGUGGCACAGUUAGUGGAUUUGGCUCUUCUCGUAAGGCAAGACAUGUUAACCAAGGCAGGGGACCCUUUCAGUCAUGCUAUUUCUGCAACUUUCAUUCAGCAUCACAACUCUGCUGAGGGUUCUUGCGUGAAACCCUACCCUGACUCUCCUGAAAGCACACCUCCUCCUACACCUACUGCUCCUUCAUCUGGAUCACAGCAUUCAGGAAAAACCACAGGAUCCCUAGGAAAUGGGAGUACUGGACAAGACUCAGCUAAACCCAAGCAAAGGAAAAGAAAAAAGAGCACUGCGGCCUGUGGUGUUGAGGCUCACAGCGAUGCCAUCCAGCCCUGCCACAUCAGAGAGGCCAUUCGACGCUAUGGCCACAAGAUUGGCCCUCUUUCCCCAUUCACAAUUUCUUUUUCUUUGACAGAGCGCCUACCGCAGAAAUGGGAUGGCUUUUCUAGCCUGCUGAUAUGACUGACUACAGAAAAGGCAAUGUUCUCUGAAGGUGACUUCUGUUCCUUGACUUGGAUAAAGUAGAAAAAAGAAGAAGCAAGUUUCCCUUCUCUGUAUCCUAUUGAGUGGGCUGGUUUGUUGUGACUAUCAACUGGCUGACUACAGUUCUUUCCCAGCCCCCUCAGCAUUUAGUCUUGUUUACUAGAGGGACCAGUUAGCUAAUUAAUGGCAGGAUGUUUGGGAUUGUGUGUAGGUGGACAAGAAUGCAGAUCACACAAUUUUGAAACUUUAAUUUGGAAUGGAUUUACUGCCCUCAACUCAAUAUUUUGAAAACAGUGUCUUUUUUUUUUCUUUUCACCAUUUAGUCUUUGUUGUAUUUGAUGUACUUUGUAAUUCUGAUUUAGAACAAAGGAAACAAAAUUAAAAGGGCAGUUUCCCUCCCACUAUCCCCCAAACUUUAUUUUCUAGCUUGUGUUGACUAUAUCUACAUUUAGAGACAAACAUUCACUGUGCAAACUCAUACUAAUCAAAGAUCUAACUGACCUGAUGUACUAUCCACAUCUUGACCCUCCAUGCCACUAAUAGUAUGCCAUUUUUAUACCUUCUUCCUUGCUUUCAGCAAUUUUUUCUUCACAAUGACUCUUUUCUCCUAUUAUCCUUUCCUUUCUCUGACCCUCCCACCCCAAGGCGCAGUGCACAAGUAUGUACAGGUGUGUACACACACACACACACACACACAUACACACACACACACAUUAGCAAAGAAAUAAACAUCAACAAAAGAAGGGGGACCAGAAUGACUUGCUUUCUUUUUUUCAAAGUACUGCCACACUUAGUCUAGAAAUGUGAUUGGGUAGCUAGCUGGUAGCUGAACUAUUCUCCUGGCCUUUAUUUACUCCACUAAUGUAACAUUGUUACUCUUAGAAACAAACCAACAUAGCAAAUAUAAUUGUGUUGUGUCUGAUUAAACUCAAACUGAAAACAA